AUGGGAUACAUUAGCAAGAAGCGAGUAGCCGCAUCGGCUUUGCUGCUCACCAGCGUAGCUCUGCCCGGAAAUGCGUUCACUCCAAGCUCAAUAUCAAGAGCUUCUGUAGCACGCCCCAUCUCCCCCAUGGAGACUAGUAACCACAUAGUGCAACGGCCAGCUUCGUCUGUACAACUGGAAGCUGCGAAGGGUGGCAUCCUAGGCCAAGGCAAGGCCGUCCUGACGGGAGUCUUAGCAGGUGCCUUACUGUCCGCGUCUCUGGCGUUCUCAUCCCCAGCGUUUGCCGAGAAUGAGUUGUCCGAUAAGUACGGGGGAGGCUUUGAUUCCUCAUUAGUAGACCAGACCUGUUUGGUGGACAAAUGUUCAGUGCAAGCUAAGGCGUGCUUGGCAGAUGAUCCAUCGUGCCGGAAAGGUCUAACUUGCACAGCAAAAUGUCUGGGAGAUAAUGCGUGUAUCACUGGCUGCAUGGCCCGGUAUGGUGACCGCAAUCUUGACAAUCUGCUGAAAUGUACCAUUGAAGACAAUGAAUGCAUCAAGAUCGCCAUCCUGCCAGGAGGAGCAGACAAGUUCAAUGAGGCUCCUCGAUCACCAGCCCCCACUAUCCCCAACUUCAACACGAAAUCGCUCGAAGGUUCCUGGUACAAGGUCGUGGGUUACAAUCCCAACUACGAUUGCUACGCUUGCCAGCGCAACACCUUCUCGCCCGUGGACGGUGAUAACAUGUUCACUUCCUCGAACAAGCUGCAGAUGGACGUGGAGUUCUCCAUGCCUCACCUUCUCCCCGAUGGUUCCCCAUUACCACCCAAGAACGUCCGCGAGACCAUCCAGAUGAACGAGGCGGAUGGUGAAAUGUUGGGAUCCAUGUCGAUUGGCAUGAAUGCCUACAGCACACACGAAACCAUGGUCUUCGACAAGAACCCCAACCCCAUCGACAACUUUGUGUCCAAGAAAGGAGUUGGCUACUCCAGAACGGCGCACUCGGAAGGUGAAAUGUUUGGACUCAAAUUCUGGGAGAACUGGUAUGUGAUUGGAGAGAAUGACCCUAGUGAACCCGAGUUUAAGUUCGUCUACUACAACGGCAAGACCCGUCAGAACACCUACGAGGGUGCUUUCAUCUACAGCCGUUCUCGUGAACUGGAUCCUGUGUCCAUGAAGAAGGUCUACAAGAUCGCCAAGGACGCUGGAAUGAACCCCGAUAACUUUUGCAGCAUCCGUAAUGGUUGCUUCAAGGACGAGGAUAAUGCGGCCGGUCGUGCCCCCACCGACCCAUUCCGUGGAUUCUUGGCCAGUACCAAGGUAUCGGAGUUGUUGGGAGUUGAGCCUGUUGCUGCCCGAGAUACUGUCAUGAGGGGAGCACCGACAGCAGAGGUCCUAAACCCUGACAAGACCCAGGAAAAGCGAGCUUGGUACUAUGAAGUGGGUGACUACCUUGAAAACCCGCAUCGUCACUUCCAAGCCAUGGACAACCUUCGUGUCAAGAUGGUUUGGCCAGAAGAAGUGACGGCCGAGAAGAACUAG